GAGUGUGUAUCCUAACACGACUGUAUAUAUAUACAGCGGUGUGCAUUGACGCACGAGUGUGCAUAUACAGGGGUGUACAUACAUACUUUGAGAUGACUACUCAAAGUUUAUGACGGAAAUUAUAACAUAACAUCCUCGUUUUCUAGAAACACCCCGCUCAACACGAGUGUCCUUCAAUAUAUUUAUGAAACAAAGUCAGUACACUGUAAAUUUGCACCUCGUUGUCCAAAUCAAACUGGACAACAGCAUUUUGAUUCUUUAGACUAUGUGUCGUUGUUUAAUCCUUUAAACUUGCAGCAGUGUAGAGGACAUUGCGGGGUGAAUAUUAGCAAAUCAACAGGAAGCACGGAAUUAUGCAUGGAGAUGUACAUCUUUAUUCAAACGGAAGUGUACAAUUAUGUAGUGGGAUGUACAUACUUAUUAAGGUUUAAUUUAAAUGGCCAGAUUAGCUAAGCAACGUUGAUUGAUAUGCGGAUUGUUAAUGUAAAAAUUAACAAUUGAAUGCAAAGUCUAUGAUAGGCCAAAUCGAGAACAAAGGAUUUGGAUGCUAGAGGGGAGUUAUAAGGGGCUUAAAAUCAGACCUCAAGACCAUUUCGAGAGGGAUUUUCCUGAGGAUAGACGCUCGACUCAUCGCUCUGCAGAUUUCCCUUCUCCUGCGAGACUCAGCCUGGCGAGCACGAUUGCUUGGCGACUGGUUGGCGACUUUGCUUCGGGAGAGUUCGUGGCGAUCUCUUUAGACGGGUUACAGGGUCAUCGAUACACCGUGCAUCAACAAAUUACCCUUCUCCUGCGAGACUCAGCCUGGCGAGCACGAUUGCUUGGCGACUGGUUGGCGACUUUGCUUCGGGAGAGUUCGUGGCGAUCUCUUUAGACGGGUUACAGGGUCAUCGAUACACCGUGCAUCAACAAAUUUCCCUUCUCCUGCGAGACUCAGCCUGGAGAGCACGAUUGCUUGGCGACUGGUUGGCGACUUUGCUUCGGGAGAGUUCGUGGCGAUCUCUUUAGACGGGUUACAGGGUCAUCGAUACACCGUGCAUCAACAAAAUCAGUCACAUGGAGCAGAUUAACUCUAAACCGUGCCACGCAUACACGGGCGAGAAGCCGUUCAAUUGCUCUGUGUGUGGGAAGACAUUUGCACAGAAAUCAAAUCUUAACACUCACAAGAAAACACACAUGGGCGAGAAGCCAUUCAAGUGCUCUGCGUGUGGGAAUGCAUUUGCACAGAAAUCAAAUCUUAACACUCACAAGAAAAUACACACGGGCGAGAAGCCGUUCAAUUGCUCUGUGUGUGGGAAGGCAUUUGCACAGAAAUCAAAUCUUAACACUCACAAGAAAAUACACACGGGCGAGAAGCCAUUCAAGUGCUCUGGGUGUGGGAAGGCAUUUGCAUAUAAAUCUAAUCUUAACACUCACGAGAAAAUACACACUGGUGAGAAGCCAUUCAAGUGCUCUGUCUGUGGGAAGGCAUUUGCACAGAAAUCAAAUCUUAACACUCACAAGAAAAUACACACGGGCGAGAAGCCAUUCAAGUGCUCUGUGUGUGGGAAGGCAUUUGCACAGAAAUCAAAUCUUAAUACUCACAAGAAAAUACACACGGGUGAGAAGUCAUUCAAGUGCUCUGUGUGUGGGAAGGCAUUUGCACAGAAAUCAAAUCUUAACAGACACAGAAAACACACUGGUGAGAAGCCAUUCAAGUGCUCUGUGUGUGGGAAGGCAUUUGCACAGAAAUCAAAUCUUAAUACUCACAAGAAAAUACACACUGGUGAGAAGUCAUUCAAGUGCUCUGUGUGUGGGAAGGCAUUUGCACAGAAAUCAAAUCUUAAUACUCACAAGAAAAUACACACGGGUGAGAAGCCAUUCAAUUGCUCUGUGUGUGGGAAGGCAUUUGCACGGAAAACAACUCUUAACAGACACCAGAAAACACACACGGGUGAGAAGCCAUUCAAUUGUUUUCCGUUGGAGAGGACACGGUCAUCACCCCGAAACAAGCAUGCGAAGAUCUGCAAUGAGAGUGAAGUGAAAUCAAAAGGUGUAAUGCAUCUGUCGACCCUAUUCAGGUGGAUCCUGAGAGAUGCCUGGAUGUAGUGGAUGUAAUGACUCCUGGCAACAAUUCCUCUUUCGACCUCAUGCAGUUGGAUCCUGAGAGAUUG